UAGCCAUGGAGAACGAGUCAGCGAAUUUCAACACGGUGCUCCACGCGGAACAGCAACCAGAGAAACACAGCAACAGCUACUGGUCAAGCCCCUCCAUUUUCAAAAUCGGCCAAAAGAGAACGCGAUGCUACGAUCUUCAAAGCCAAUCAACCGCACACCCCUCAAUCGAAAGAAGCGGGUCAAUAUCCCCACCUGACAGGUCCCGAGAGUACGGAUACGGACCCAUUUCAUCAUCGGGUUCAUCCGAUGUUCACGGCCCGAUGGAAGGAUUGUCCAUCACCUCGUAUUCCGAGUCGGAGAGUGGGACAGCCAGCAGCGGGUUCAGUCUCAGCCCUAAUACCCAUGAGCACGAGCAUGAGCAUGAGCAUGAUCCUCCUUGCGUCUUGGCUCAGCAAGUCUGCGAUCCACCUGGUUUGUAUCCGUACAUGGGUGGUUUGCGCGUUGAGGCGGUGCCUGGAUUCGAUAGACAUGCAGCUUCUGAGACGUCUGUCUGCUCAUAUGACGGGUCUAUAGACGAUGACUGUAAGCCCGUUUUCCAGAAUACCAGCUGGGCAGCUGGAGAUCUGUCGGACGGUUCUAUGCUGCAGAACUCGCCGUCGGUGGGCACGGCCACUGACUCAUUUGAGAGCUCCUGUGGUGCGAUCACGCCUCUCUCAUGGAGCGCAUUCAACGCCCAGGCAGGCAUCGACAUGGGCCAGGAGGAGCCUGCGUAUGGGGACGCUCCUGUUCACGCUCUCUGGCCCUCUACACAGCAACUCCCAGACGAGCCGACACCAUUCAUCCCGGUACCAACAAGUCACUUCGACCCAAUUCCUAGGAGUACCGAUGGCCUCCCACUCCCACCGCCAGAAGAAGAAUACCAAACCCAUAGCCAGCACUACUACCACCAAGAACAACAACCUAUCCCAAUCACACCCUACCGCCCAGGACCCUUCAACACCCCCCUCAUCAAAGACCACACCAUGACCGACCAAUUCCAACUCCCAACCGACAUCCUCCCACUCUCAUACCACAUAAAUCCAACCCCAAACACCUACUACGCAGAGUACAUCCACCGACAUCCAAAGCUCGCAUUCGCAAACGACUCCAGCCCCGAACAACCAACCACCAAAACCAUCCCCUGCCAGAUCGACACGCGCAACGCUCUCCUAAUAGAAUACAAGCGCCGCGGCCUCUCCUACAAAGACAUCAAGCGGAUCGGCGGAUUCCGAGAAGCGGAGUCGACUCUCCGGGGUCGGUUCCGGACGUUGACGAAGGCGAAGGAUCAGCGCGUGAGAAAGCCGAUGUGGAGUGAGAAGGAUGUAUGUCCCCCCUCCCUACCCCUCUACAUCCUAUCCUCUUUUAUUUCCCUUUCCUUGUCUCGUCUUUGUCACGGUGUACAAGCAUAAGAUCUGGCUAGGAUACUAACGAACGAACGAAACCAGAUCAACCUCCUCUGCGAAGCCGUGACAACCCACGUAGAACGCACCACCACCACCCAACCCCACCGCUCAACACGCCCCCAGGCGCCGAGGGUAUCGUGGAAGAAGGUCGCGCAGUAUAUACGGGCGCAUGGAGGGUCGUAUCAUUUCGGAAAUGCAACUUGUAAGAAGAAGUGGUGUGAGGUGCAUGGAGUUGAAUAUUAGUGGUACCCUGACGUGGAGGUGGGGUUAGAUUGGGAUUGGG